GGACGGUGAGAAUAUUUCAAUGAUCAUCAUUUUGGACGGAAAGAAAUAUUGAGUUGUUGAUUUCAUUUUCCCCAGAUGCGCAAGAGUAGAAUCAGGUUCCAAGCAGUUGAUCCUGAAGGUCAGCCAUUAGCAAACACAAGUAUCUCCAUAAAACAGAUCAACGCAGCUUUCCCAGUCGGAAGUGCAAUCAACGCAAAUAUCCUGAACAAUAAAGCCUACCAGAGCUGGUUCACCUAAAGAUUCAAAUUAACCGUAUUCGAAAACGAAAUGAAAUGGUACAGCACAGAAAUAUCCCAAGGCAAAGAAGACUACUCUGUCUCCGAUUUGCUGAUGCAAUUCGCCAAGAACCACGGGAUCUCCGUCCGUGGCCACAACAUCUUCUGGGAUGCCGCGGAUGCGCAACCAUCUUGGGUUCCAUCCCUUUCUCCGGCUGACCUUAAAACGGCGGUUGACAAAAGGAUUCAAUCAAUAGCAACAAAAUAUAAAGGGCUGGUUAUUCAUUGGGAUGUUGUGAAUGAGAAUUUGCAUCACGAUUUCUUCGAGAGUAAACUUGGAACGACUGCAUCCACUACGUAUUUCCAGAAGGCUCAUCAGAUUUGAUCCGAGCGCGACGCCUUUUCUGAAUGAAUACAACACAAUUGAGGUGAAAAGUGACCAGAAAUCAAGCCCCUCUAGUUAUCUACAAAAGAUUAAGGACCUCCGUUCUGGUGGCUACAAUGGACCACUUGGAAUAGGCCUCGAGGGACAUUUUGCCGGUGCUCCAGACCUGGCUUACAUAAGAAGCGCCCUGGAUACCCUUGCUUCAGCAAAAUUACCCAUUUGGAUUACCGAACUGGAUGUCUCCAGCAGUCCCAAUCAGUCAAUAUACUUGGAUCAAAUUAUGAGGGAAGUUCAUUCACAUCCUGAUGUGAAUGCUAUUGUUCUGUGGACUGCUUGGUCUCCCAGUGGGUGCUACCAAAUGUGCUUAACGGACAACAAUUUCAAGAACCUUCCCACCGGAGAUGUGGUCGACAAAUUCCUUGGAGAAUGGAAAAUGCUAGACGGGUUAACCGGCACCACAGAUGCUAAUGGGUAUUUUGAAACUUCACUUCACCAUGGAGAUUAUCAAGUCCAAAUCAAUCAUUAAGAAUAGUUGAUCUCUUUCUCUUAACCAUCUAUCAACUUUAAGGUGGCUCCAACAACAAACGGCAAAACGCUUCAUGUCAAACUCCCUACCAGGAUAAGUACUUGAAACAAUCCAAGUGUUUCAAUUUACUUGAUGGAUUGAUUUGCCCGACACGUGGUGUAGCUGCUUUAUUUGUAACAUUGCUAAAUAUGAAUUCAAAUAAUGUACUGAAAUAACUGUCAUACAUCUUUAUUGCAAUUCUUGACUGCAUUUCUUACUUGAUUUUCUAAAACUAUAAACCAAAUAAAAAAAAAAAGAAGAAAAAGAAAAAGAAACGAAAGAUAAACAUCAACUUUAUAGUACAAACACAGGAUAAGUACUUGAUCACUUGUUGAUUUGCAUGAUUUAGGACUUAUUUGGCCAACAUUUUGUUUUAGUUUUUGUUUUGUUCUUU